AUGCAGACACUGAUUGGCUUCCGAAAACAUCAGGGUCGGCUUCGUGGGCCAGACAUACUUGCAGUUCCAUGUUCGCAAGUUUCAAUCCCGCGGUUUUACACCACCCGCAAUGUGGAAUUUGAUAGCCACAGUUCUUCUCGAAUGUCUGUUCCGGUCAAGAAGCAAAAAUCCGAAGAAUCUUACCUCAAAGAAGUUGUCAGUCUCAGCUUCAAUAUCACCCACCCAUGGACAAUCGCGUUCUCCUCGCCUGAGGCUGUCCUGCCCGACCGAGCGUUUCCAUGGUUUAACGAGAAUGUCGCCCAACUUCUCAGACAGUCCCACUCUUAA